CAGAAAGAGAAGGCACGAGCUAGGGGAGGAAAAGGAGCACAGAGCUGAAAGCGCCGAGGCGCACAAACACACGCAAACUAUGGAGUGCAGAACGACGAACAGGACGGGGACUUUAUCGGAUAACGGAAUGCGACUCUUGGCGACUUUUCUUAUCCUUUACGGACUUGCCGCAGGUGUGAGUGCAAGCGGCGUGUCUGUCCCUGAGAGGGUGAACGCAGUGCUCGGCAAGAACAUCACACUUGGCUGCAGGAUAGAGCUGGGAUCUAAUCUGAGCCUCACACAGAUCUCCUGGGAACGCCGUCAUCCUUCGGGCACCAUUACCCUGGCAGUGUUCAAUCCCAAGUAUGGAACGUCGUAUUCUCAAGAUUACAGCAAACGCAUCUCGUUUGUCUCCCCUUCCAUACGAGACGCCACCGUUACCCUUGAAGGGGUUACGUUUGCAGAUGACGGGUCCUACACCUGCAAAGUGGUUACGUUUCCUCUGGGCAAUACGCAAGCAACAACCAUGGUUAAUGUGUUAGUGGAGCCGAAGGUGUACGUAUCUGCGGGCCCAGCAGCCCUGCUGGACGGUGGGGACGAGUCGCUGGUGGCUACCUGCAUAGCAGAGCGCGGCCGCCCCGCCGCUGAGGUUUUCUGGGAGACGGAGCUGUACGGGCGGUCCGAGCGGCAAAGUCAGGACGAGCCUAACGGCACCUCCACCGUGCAGGUGCGCUACAUGUGGCAACCGCAAAGCUACGCCCAGGGGAAGACGCUCACCUGUGUGGUGCGCCACCCGUCCCUGCAGACAGAGUUCCGCAUACCCUACAAGCUGAACGUUCACUUUGCACCAGUUAUAUCAGUACAAGGAAUUGAAAAAAACUGGUAUGUUGGCCAAGUUCAUGUGAAAUUCACUUGUUCUGCCAAAGCCAACCCACCUGCUCGUUCCUUUACGUGGAUCAGGUUGGAUGGAUCAGUUCCUGAUGGGGUUGUGAUCUCCAACGCCAGCCUUACUUUCACCCACCGGCUGCAGCGCAAUGAUUCUGCCAUCUAUCGCUGUGAAGUGACGAACGACGUUGGUCUGCGCAGUCGGGACGUGAAUUUCUGGGUUCAAGAUCCUCCCCCCACCACUGCAGCGCCCAGCACCACCGCUUCCCUCCUCCACGACACCUCCGGAACGGACACUGACCUGGGCCGGAAGAGAGCCCUGUUCACCUCCCCCACCCUGGCCUCCAUCUCCGACAGCAGCCUGGGCACUAUAGUGGGCGGGGCAGUGGGUGGCGUUCUCUUCCUGAUCCUGCUGUUGAUCCUUGGCGGGGUCUGCUUCAUGCGCCAACGCAGAACCUUCAGAGGAGACUACUACACCAAACAGUACCUGGGACCCUCCGACAUGCAGAAGGAGUCUCAGGUGGACGUGCUGCAGCCGCACGAGCUGCAGGAGGUUUACGGGGACAAAGUGAGCAAAGGCAGCCAGGAGCUGAAGCCCAAACUGGGCGGUGACAUUAUUUACCCCGACUACACCCCUGAACGCAAGGACAGGGAAGACUGGGCCGACAGGGGAGAUGUACACAGGGGCAUCAAGGAUGGAAACUACUUCACAGAUCACUACAACACCCAAAACAUGCACCCCUGUGGGCCUCCUGUACACAGCCCCGUUGUGAACAACGGAUCCCCCUACCUCCCGGACGACAGCUAUGACAAUGGUACAGACAGCGACUACGUGUCACACAUGGACGGAUCUGUGAUUUCACGCAGAGAGUGGUACGUUUGAGGGAGGACGCAAACAAAACAAUGGACAUGUGACCGAGAGCGAGUCAACAAGUGACAGAUAACUCUUCAAAGGGUGUGGUAUUUCUGUUAAAGAUCAUAUCUGAAUUCAGUUUCACAGCGAGGUCUUUGAGUAAUCCAGCUCUGCCUUGAUUGUAACCACUUAACCUUAAAGAUAUUUUUUGUGGAUUGUAUUACAAUUUUGUAGCAAAGAGCUGCAAAUAAGCUGGAAAACCUCAGAGAUAUUAUCUGAUUUUGCUCGGGCGUACUCUGAAGUUUCGACUGAUGUGAAUAGGGUUUUGUGUUCUGCUUGUUUGUGUUUGCACCUGUCGUUUUCCCAGGUCAGAGGUCAGACGUUCAGACCCUUGUUGGUGAAGUAUUUCUACCCCUGACUGAGCUCUGCGCUUAAAAAAAACUCAACGUCUGUGGCAUUUAGAGAAAUGGGCUCUUGAUUGCUUUGUGCAUUUUCACUCAGGUGAAAUGUUUAACAAGACUGCAAUCAGCAUUUAAAGCAAAUUAAACUGCAUGCUUUUAAAAUAAAUAAUAACACUACGAGAAAGGGAAAGUCACGCGAUUAAAAGGGAGAACUGCACCGGCGUUGUACCAAGGGAAAAACAGUGAUGGGAGUACAUUACACACAAACACAGCUCAGUUUGAACACUUUACUACAUUUGUCCUUUUGCAAACUCUCUGAAACAGUGAACUCGUCACUUCAGAGACCACGCCUUGUGGAAAGCACUUUUACACUCAGCUGUUCCUAAACAUAUCCCAACAUUUCAACACAAAAUGUUACCAAAAGAAAUAAUUCAUUAAAACUUGAAGUAUUUCUAAGUAACUCCACAAACCUGGGCUGCUUUAAAAAAAAAAAAAAAAA